AAGGUGCUCACAUUUCUUGCUUCUUCCGUUGCUUGUUGUCCUUCCGUAUCUAUCUAUCAAAGAUCCGGUGACAUACAGUGGAUUCUACUCGGAGCGUCCAUAGAAUAUAUAUAGCAAGAUGAUGAUAGGUUUCCGGUCGUUGACAGUGUGUCUGACACUACUACUACAAGUACUUCAACUAGUACAAGUCUGUCAUGGUCAAGGCAGUAAUGGCAAUUUGACAAUCUACGAAUUGGCACAGAACGACGAAUCGCUGGUGACGUUUACGACGGUGUUGGAGUUGGCCGGUUUGAAUGGCGGCGCGUUGAACGACAGUACGGCAGGUCCCUUUACCGUACUAGCGCCAGAGAAUGAAGCCUUCGAGUCAGUGCCUGGAAAAUACUUGGAAGCGGCGUGGAAAGACUACUUGAUUGCACUGCUGUCGUAUCACGUCUUGAUUGGUCCGUGGCCUGCUUCAGCGUUGAGUGAAAACUUGACAUUGCCCACGGCCUUUACCGGCAAGACCGUGUCUAUCACUGAGAGUGAUCCACUUACGUUUGAAGACACGGGAAUGAUCAUUAAUGGAAACUUUCCCGCCAGCAAUGGAAUCGUUCAUGUCAUCAAUGCCGUUCUUCAGCCACCGACCAUGGCGCUCACGCUACUGGAACAAGCCGAAAUGGAUCCCACUCUCACGCGAUUUGUCGAAUUGGUCAAACGGUUCGAUCUGACUCCCACGCUCAGUCAAGAAGGUCCCCUCACUCUACUGAUCCCCACCAAUGAUGCCUUUGCCAAAAUCCCCGAUGCCAUUUUGAAUCAGCUAGAUGCCAAUGCAUUGACUCAAAUCAUGGUGUACCAUGUCUUGCCUGAAAUCCAAUUUGCCUACACACUCGAGACCGGCAAGCCCCUGGUAGUCACCACGUUGCAUGGGACAUCCCUCAGUCUCAAUCCCAAUGGAGUUGUAGGAGCCGCCAGUUUUGUGUCCACCGAUACCAUGGCCAGUAAUGGAGUUUGGCAUACUGUCGAUACUCUACUCUUGCCAGUUGUCACUACUGCGGCACCAGUGGCACCCACUCCGGCACCUGCUCCCACGAUUUUUGAUGUGGCUUCGGGAGUCAAUGAUCUUUCCGAUUUUGUCAAUGCCGCCGUGUUGGCCGAUCUUGAUCAACCACUCUCCAUGCCGGGACCACUCACCGUAUGGGCACCUAUCAAUGCUGCCUUUGAUGCCAUGCCACUCAAGUUGUAUGAACCCGCCUGGAAAUUGCAUCUGGCAUCCGUUCUGUCCUAUCAUGUUGUUCCAUUGCAAUCCAUCCUCACAACAGAUCUUAGUUUGGCACAACAAUUGCCCACUGUGGAGGGUACGGAUGUCCUUGUGACACAGGUCGAUCCGGAAGUGGUCUUGAAUGGCAACGCUCAAGUCGUCACCGAAAAUGCCGCCGCUGCCAAUGGAAUUCUACAUGCCAUUGAUAACCUACUCUUGCCGCCCUGGGUCAUGACCACAGUGUCACAAAUUGUCACCGUCAAUGACGAUGUCAGCACGUUGGUGGAAUUACUCUCGGCACAUGACAUGUUGGGAGUGCUUGGUAUGGAAGGACCCUACACGUUGCUGGCGCCGGUUAAUGCGGCCUUUGACAAGGUACCCAUUUCGGUUAUUUUGGAUACUCUCGACUAUGAAGGACGAGUCGAAGUAUUGUCCUAUCAUGUGAUUCCCCAGUUGGUAUCGUCCGAACAAAUGAUCAACGGAGCCACCUUUAUGACACUGCAAGGAACCGAAGUGCGCAUUAUGAGUGCCACCAUUCGACAAUCGUCCGAAAUCAGAGUCAACGAUGCGUCCGUCAUUGGCCCGGAUGUCUUGGCCAACAAUGGGGUCAUUCAUUAUCUCGAUACCGUGCUCAUUCCCGUCAUCGAAACACCCGAGCCCACCAAUCCUCCGACUGUCACAUUUGCUCCUACCAUGACACCCUCCAUGGCUCCCACCAAUGAAACUGACAUGAUGAUGACCAUUGGAGAAAUUGUUCUGGCCAAUGAGGACUUGACCGUGCUGGCUGCGGCGAUCAAUGCUACUGGCUUGUACCCGGCUCUCGAUGCCACCACGAGCACUCUGACACUCUUUGCACCCACCGAUGCUGCCUUUAUCAAGUCGGGAUUGAACCUGACGCAAUUCUUAUUGCCGGAUUGGGAGAUGCACUUGAUUUCUCUACUCACCUAUCACGUCAUCAUUGGACAAGUCUUGGACAGUCAGUUGGAAGAAGACAUGAUGGCGAUAACAUUGAAUGGAAACAGCAUUACCGUGACCGAAGCCGGGGAAACCGCGUCCAUCAACAAUGUCACUGUGGAAAUUGCCAAUAUCAUGGCGUCCAAUGGAAUCGUUCAUGUCCUUGCGGAUGGUGUCUUGUUGCCCCCCUCGGCGCUCUAUGCUAUACCCGAACGUGCUGCCAUGAUCCCCACAUUGACCACCUUUUUGGAGUAUCUGGGAGAAACAGAACUGGACUUGUCCACGGGUGGUCCCUACACUGUUUUUGCGCCAACCAACGAGUUUGCCGAAAAUCUCGAAGAAGUCCUCAUGUCAGAAGGUGUGGAAGCUCUGACCCGUCUUCUUUCCCAUCAUGUGGUCACUGGAAUGUACCUGUCAGGGAGUCUAACACCGGGACUAGCGUUGCCAACCUUGGCAGGUACCACGAUUCAAUUGAACGCCAACAACAUCAACUCCAUCAAUAAUGCAGACAUCUUGGCAUCCAAUGGAGUGAUUCAUGAAGCGGAGUUUAUCCUGACGCCUCCCACUGUUCCAACAGGCCCUCCAGUGGAUGCUCCCACUCGAUUGCCCACGCCACUCAUGAGUAUCAACCAGCUUCUAAUUGGCGACCCCGAAUACAGUAUUCUGAGCGCGGCCUUGAAUGCUACCGGAUUGGAUGCUGCCGUGGACACUGACGCAGCAGAGUUGACACUCUUUGCUCCUUCGGACGUCGCCUUCCAAAUUUCGGGCAUUGAUCUGGAAAAGUACUUGCAGCCGGAAUGGGAGUCACAUCUAUCAUCGCUCUUGUCCUAUCAUGUUGUCGUGGGGACAAUCCUGUCGGAUAGCCUGGAAGAUGGACUAGCGGUUCCCACCUUGGAAGGAACCAACGUUACAUUUGUGGCGUCCGGAGGUGGUUUCAAUGUCAAUGGAGCACCCAUUAUCGACGCCGAUCAGCUUGCCAGCAACGGUGUGGUCCAUGGAUUGGCUGGGGUGUUGCUCCCUCCUUCCGCUAGCAACUCGGUUGUGGACCUUGCCGCCAAGUCAUCCGAACUUACCAUUCUGGUUUCUGCAUUGAACAGUACUGGUUUGUUGCUAGAGCUGGCUGGACCGGGACCUUUCACGGUUUUCGCUCCGUCAAACGAGGCCUUUAUUGUGGCAGAUUUGCCCUUUUCAGACCAAUCAAUCAUGCGUGAUGCAUUGGCUUAUCACGUCGUGGACGGUAUCUACACCAGUGAAGAUCUCGUUCCUGGUAUGCAACUGGUCACCCAUGAAGGAAGCGAAAUUAUCAUCAGCGAUUUUGGCGCUGUCAACAAUGCGGAGAUCGCUACGUCUGAUAACUUAGCAAACAAUGGUGUCCUGCACGUGAUCAAUGCUGUGCUGUCACCGGAGUACACUCUUGAGCCUUCUUUGGUAGACACAGAUAUGCCCACGGGAGACAUGUACGACACGCUUGCACCUACAACACUACCAGUGUCCUCACCAACGGCUGCAACGAGUAGUCCUACUGAGGUGCCCUAUCCGACUUCAUCCAUGAUUUCCAUAGAACAGCUACAGGGUCUGCCAGAGGAAGGAGACUGCUUUGCUGUGGAAAGGACCUUCCAAGAUACCUCCCCAAAUCCUGACACUGGAUGCAUUACAGGACAAGUGAAUUACCAGUAUGACUAUUCCAACGACCUGGAUGUUACAAUUGAUUUCACUGCUGCUUGUGCUGAUCCAAGCGCUAAUACUUGCACCAUGUUGGUGAAUUACGUCAAGGAUGACAAUGUCUAUGCUGGAGAGUGCGCAGCCUGCCGAGUGGAUAGUGCCACUCAGGUGACCAUGGUCACCUGCAACAAUCUUGGCAUUUCCAUCUUUGAAAAUGGACCGCAAACGGUGGAGUUUGUCCAUGAGGCAAUCCCAGAUUAUGAGCUACAGUUCUUCAAGUUGGCGGAUACUGAGAGUGGAUGUGACAUGGUUUAUGGUUCCGAUUCCCCGAGCUAUAUGGAUACAAUGGUUGAUUCAAUGGCACCAUCUCCGUCAGUCACAAGCAUAGAAACAAUGCCCCUGGAAGAAACCUUUUCCCCGUCAUCUUUUAUGAGCGAUCAGCCGGGAGUCCUGCCUACAGUGCUGGAACUGGUGGCCUCUGAGCCUUCUCUUGUUGAAUUGUCCCAGCUUUUGAAAGACUCGGGUGUAGCGUCCACUCUCACCACAAAGGGUCCCUUUACCGUUUUUGCCCCGAAUCAGGAUGGGUUUGAUGCGCUUCCAGCCUUCCUAGUUGCCAGGCUUCUGAGAGGAGAAACUCUUGUUCAUGCUCUGUCAUACCAUGUGGUUGCUGGCACUUAUCUCUCGUCGGAUCUAGAAGACGGCAUGGUUCUGACUACACUUCAAGGAGGAACCAUAACAAUUGGCGUCGAUGGAGACGUUGUAACUGUGACAGACUCCAGUGGAAAUGCAGUAACCGUGGUGGUAGCCGAUGACAUUGGUAGCAAUGGAGUGGUGCAUCAACUUUCUGGGGUUCUUCUGCCGCUACUGGACGAUACGACUGGCCCAACAGGAUCCCCGGUAUCUGGAGCUGUGACAACGGCUCCAUCUGUGACCCCAUCGCCAGCACCAGUCACCUCUCAACCAGUGCCCACUGCUGCUCCCUUUGGCGCUACGCAAAACUUGUUGGAGUUUGCUACCAAUCUUGGCGCAACGAGUGAUUUUGUUGCCCUUCUCCUUGAUGCAGCCGAUCUAUCUGACGUUCUGACAAAACCAGGCCCUUAUACAAUGCUGGCGCCUUCCAAUGGUGCUUUCUCGUCCCUCCCUGAUGGCUACUUGGCCGGUCUCUCAGAGGAGGAUAAAGUCGAUCUUGUGUCCUACCAUCUCAUUCCUGGAAAGUACUACCUGGCGGAUUUGCAACGCGGUGUUGAAUUGCUCACUCUCCGCGGGAAUGCCAACAUAACCUUUGGUAUCCCACCUGCAAAUUUGCCUUUGCCAGCUGGAUUUGUCCCUCUGCUGAUCAACAAUGAAACGAUUCCUACUCAGGGCGACUUUGAAGUUAGCAAUGGAAUUGUUCAUGUUGUCGACAGCAUUAUGAUUCCUCCUUCACCAAAGGCUGAUUAUGACAUGCUCUCGACCAGUGCGCCGUCUGAUGACAGCACUGCUAGUGAUCGAAUUGGCCCAUGGGAGUGCGACGAAUACAUGCUUGCGUACGCUUCUGACUGUUGUCCUCCCAAGCUCCCAGGAUUGGCAAGCUUUUGUCAAGAUCUAUUUGAACGAAGUGACGACCUUGCAAAGUCGUUGUUCCCAUCUGUGUCGCCUACAAGUGCUUAGAGGUGGCCUCCAGUACAAAAACUCUCACUCAUCGAUGACUACCAGCUGGUCAUCUAUAAAGGUUGUUUGUGUGUCGUGCGUGCGAAGAGAUAGCUGUGAAGAAACCUUGCUAUUCCUAGCUAUAGCCAGUCAAAUUAUAAAAUGUAACAACCAUAAACGUAUCAAUACUUCAUCUAUCUAGUGGU